AUGUCAACCUGCCAUCUCCUCGACCUCCCCACUGAGAUCCUCAACCACAUACUCACGCCCCUACCUACAUCCUCCCUGCUCCACUUCUCAGAAACCUCUCACCACGCCCGCAUCCUCGCCAACGCCAACCUCCACACCCUCUCCCUCGGCAUUGCACCCCUCUCCCCUCCCUUUUUCAAGUACCUCGACCCCUCCAUCACCAGCUGUACCACCAAUCCCUACGCCAUCUGGCUACGCAUCCCCAAAGCAACAAGCUACGAGUACCUAACCUUACUCAACUUCCAAAGCGCGCUCGUAACGAGCAUACUCAAACGCCAUGGCACCAUGCUCCAGCAUCUUGAAAUCAGUGUCUGGGCGCUCACACUGCCCAUGGCGAAAGCCAUCAAGGGCUUACGCGCUCUACGCACCUUCUCACUGAGGAUAGAAAGUGGUGUUAGGUAUGUACGUGGUGUAUCGCGGUCGCGGAUAGCGGUCGAGCGGGAGGAGCAGGGUAAGGCUUGGGAAGUGCUUACGGAGAGUGCACCCGAGUGGAGUGGGAGACUCACGACGUUGAGGUUGGAGAAUUGUGAUGUGAGGGCUGAGCAGUUGGUUGUGCUGUUGAGAGAGACGAAAGGGUGUAAGGAGUUGGGGUUGAAUCGGUGUCGGUAUCUUGGGAGGGAGAUGUGGAUGUGUUUGGGGGAGUGGGAGGGCAGGGGGAAGUUGAGGGUGUUGGAUGUAGCGGAGUGUGGGGGGUUGCUUGGGGAUGAGGCGGGAGAGGCGGUGGGGAGGUUGGAUGGGUUACAGACUCUCAACCUGUACGACUGUCAAGAGCAGCGACCUGGAGAAUUUGAGCGUCUGAAUGAGGAACUUUGGCACAUCAAAGGCUUUACAGCACCAAGACCGGGCGGCUAUGGCGAGAACAUGAUCAUCGAGGUGGAUCCCGACUACAUCCUUUGA